CUUGGGCCUCGAAUUCUUGGAAAGGUGGAGCCUGGAAGUAUUGCGUUAGAAUACUCCUUUCUGUGCCAAGAAAAUAAGUUUGAAGCGAAAGCAGAAAGCAGUUGUGACUUGGGUUCCCACUGACACAAUGCCUUCAGCUCCUACAAAACUCUAUGCAGAUGACGUUAGCCUUCUCGUCGUCACGCUUGAUACCAAUCCUUUCUUCUGGUCCACUUUCCCAUUCCCCUUCUCCGAAUUCCUCUCUCAAGUACUCGCUUUCCUCAAUUCAAUUUUGCUUCUCGGCCAACUCAACCAACUCAUCGUCAUCGCCACGGGCUGCAAUUCUUGUUCCUACGUUUACGAUUCCACUUCCACCAACAACCAUGCUUCCGCCACUGCCACAAUGCCCGCGCUUUAUUCCAAUUUGCUUCACAAUCUUGAGGAUUUUCUAGCUAAGGACCAGAAAUUAGCCGCGCCUCACUCUCCGGGAACCGUUCCUUCUUCCCUGUUAUCCGGCUCCUUGUCUAUGGCCCUUUGUUACAUACAGAGAGCUUUUCGUUCGGGACCUAUGCACCCUCAACCUCGGAUUUUGUGUUUGCAAGGAUCUGCUGAUGGACCAGAACAGUAUGUUGCAAUUAUGAAUGCAAUAUUCUCAGCUCAGCGUUCUACAGUUCCUAUAGAUUCUUGUUAUAUUGGUUUGAACAAUUCUGCAUUCCUCCAGCAGGCUUCAUAUAUCACUGGUGGCAUAUAUUACAAGCCUCCACAAUUGGAUGGGCUUUUUCAAUAUCUUUCAACAGUGUUUGCAACUGAUUUGCAUUCUCGUGCAUUUUUACGACUUCCUAAAUCAGUGGGUGUAGACUUUCGUGCAUCGUGUUUUUGCCACAAGCAAACAAUUGACAUGGGCUAUGUAUGUUCUGUAUGCUUAUCCAUAUUCUGCGAGCAUCAUGAUAAGUGUUCAACCUGUGGGUGAAAGAUACUGUACCUAAUUUGGGGGUUAGCAUGUAAAGAAGAAAAUAGACUAGAUGAGGAAGGGAAUGCAAACUGAUUAAGAUGAAGUUUUCAACCCUGUCUUUGGACGCAUGUCUUGGUGGCACUUGAUUUUCUUCCUUUCUAAGUUUGUCAGUGUUUUGUCAAAUAUAGAUUGGGUAUGCAAUGUGCGCAUUACUUUUAAUCUCUCAAACAAAUCUUACAUAUAGUAUUGUCUAUGUGAGAAUUGAAAUGAAAAUUCUUGCUAUUGACCUUUGAGAAUCACCACCUUGAGAGUUUCAAGGGAGAAAUGAAUCCUCGAUGUAUUUUAAAUGAGUAUAUAAAAAAGACUAGUGAAAAGCAGACCUGCAAUAUAUGAUGAAUCUAUUGCAUCUUCGGUAAUUUGAAAAUAGAAUAGAAAUUCCGUCAAUCUUUAGUUGAAGUUUCGCAUUUUGCCACUUUAGAGUGUCAAGUAAAUUAGAGAAGCACAAAUGUGAUGCAUAUUGGAUGGAAACGUGAGUGACCAUCCUAUGAUUGGCCUCGGCCAUUGAGAAUGGUCUAUUAUCGAUACCUUAGUUGUUUAAUGGAAACUUGGUCUGUUAUGCUGCAUUGUACCUCCUGAUAAAUAUUAUGUACUAAGCCCAAAAUAAUAUGGUGACCU